AUGGCUGGGCAUACUUAUAAAGCGCCGGAUGAAAGGAUUGGGGAAGCGAUUCGCCUCGACUGCAUUUUUCUGGAGGAGUUGGGCAGUGGCGGUCCACACGAAAGAGACUGGAAAGGUAUUGCAACGGCAUUGCUCGUCAUCAUGAUAAUCUGCUCACUAAUUGCUCUGGCUGUAUUGGUACUGACUCCGAAACGCGCCAUUGCCACAGUCAUUUCUGCAGAACUUCAGCUUCGAGCUAGCUCCGCUCUGGCUAAACUUGCCUUCCAUCCGCAUAAGAGCGAUUAA